GCCCAGUCUUACUCGUCCAAUAAUGGCAACAAAAGACUGGUACUAGUAAGUCCGCUGACCACAUAAGCAAGAAAAAGUUGACUGGGAUUUGAUUGGAUUUGUUGGGAAAAGAUGUUUCCUAGUGUGUGUUCAUUGGUUGAUUUUAACGAGAACAAGCCACCAAAGGGAAAAUUUAUAUUGCUGUCUGAUUCUCAAAAUGAUGGCAGUUUUCUUGUGAACCAUUUUCUGUCUCUCUACGCUAAAGGUGGAUUUCACAUUUGUUUUAUGACUCUUUCCCAAUCAUUUACACAUUACUGUAAUGUAGCCCAAAAACUGGGAAUAAACUUGAACACUGCUUGUGAUAAUGGUCAAGUCAAGCAUAUAGAUGGCCUAAAAUUAAUAUCCAAAGGUCUUUCAGCAAAACAAAAUAAGGAUGAAGCUUUGAAUACAGAAAAAAAUCCAUUUGUAAAUGUCAGAAAUUUAAAUUUUUCACUUGAAGAGCUAUACAAGCAAAUAAGAUCCUGGGUAACCGUAAAAGGGAAUGAGCCGUGUCUAUUAUUGAUUGAUGAUAUAAGUAUCCUGUUGUCUCUUGGUGUUACUGUAAAAACUGUUAAAGAUUUCUGUCACUAUUGCACAGAUCUCAUGUGUUAUGACAAAAAUGUGGUCAGUGGAUGCUUUGUCUGUCUGGUACACUGUGAUGCUGAUGUUGAUGAUGACAUGUCUAUGUUGCUAUUGCGACAGCUAUGUCACAUGGCUCACAUAGAGAUGCAUGUGGAAGGUCUUAGUAGUGGAUAUUGUAAAGAUGUUCAUGGUCAGCUGGUAAUAACAUGGAGAGAGCCAGAUGACCCAAGGCCAAAACCCUACAAGAAAACUACAACACAGUAUAAAAUUCAAGAUCGUAUGGUGACCUUCUUUGCACCAGGAACAUCAAAGGCAGUACUAUGACAUAUUAUUAUUUACGGGUAGCAAGAACUUUUCACAAUUCAGUGUACAAAAAAGGGUGUAAUCCCCUCCUAAAAAUGAAUGCUCCCUAAAGGUAGUAAAACUUAAUCUAAUUAGAAAUGGGAAAACUGUCAACAAUGCUCCAUUUUACAGUUCCGUUCCAAGCCGAGGCUGGAGUUUCCGUGCAUGAUAAAAAGUAUAGUUUUGCUAUGCGCGGAAACUGCAGCCUCGACUUGCAACUAUUAUUCGUGGUCACUCGAACAGAACUGUAAAAUGGAGUAUUCUGUCAAUAAAUCAAUACCAUUUUCAUGUGAGCACACACAAUUUUAAUUAUUUUAGCUUAUCUUUCCAAGACAGCUAAAUUUGGAAAACAAAAUGACCAUUUCACCCAGGAGUAUAUAACAUUUUAUCGUAAAAACCUCCAACUUGAGCUCCACCUGAAAUUCCUAGAAAUACGCCUUUCAAGAUUAAAAUGGAUGUGUAUGCAAUUGUAA